ACCGCCUGGAUCUCUGUCAAACUUACCGACGUGAAUGACAACCCGCCUGCCUUCCCUCGCCCCCACGCCCACGUCACAGUGCGGGAGAAGACGCUGUCCCCGGCACCCUGCUGGCCACGCUGCCAGCUCGCGACCCUGACAUGGCAGGGCAGCAGAAGGUGGAUUACUGGGUGGAGGGCGGCUGGGGAGCGCUGAAAGUGGACGAAAAGGGCAGCGUCACCUUGUGGAGAGCUCUGGACCGCGAGGCUCCUGGGGGCGCUGCUGGAGAGGCGCUAGUAGUGGCUGUUGACAGAGGACGUCCGCCCCUCACAGCCACAGCCACUCUCUCCCUCACUGUGACAGAUGUGAAUGACUGCUCACCGACCCUCCUGCCACCCACUGUUUUUCACGUGAUGGAGGACGCCCCGCCAACUCUCCUAGGGACGCUGAAGGCCACGGAUGAGGACGUCUGGGCGCUGGGUCACGGGCCGCCCUUCAAUCUGUCUUUAGCUACUACCAACCCCACUCAUGUUCUCGAGUCUCUUUCCCUCAAGUUUGACCCCCGUUUGGACAGCGGCAGGGGCGGGGCAGAGCUAUGGACGGUGGGCGGACUGGACAGGGAGGCGUGGGCAGCGCUGAAGGUGGACGUGGUGGUAGUGGACGCGGGCGGGAUGACAGCCACCAACACCCUGACUGUUGUAGUGGAUGAUCUAAACGACCAUCCAAUGAAGCCUGCAGCCAAGACGGUGUACCUGUGGAAGACACAAGGAGGCGGUUCUGAGGCGCCCCUGGGUCGUGUUUACGUGGACGACCCUGACGACUGGGACACGGAGGACAAGUCAUACGCGUGGGAUGGACCGUCUCAUCACCUCUUCUCGCUGCACCCCCGGCAAGGCACCAUCUUCGCCUCCAGUGUGGUGAGGGAGGGAAGGUACUCCCUCCGGUUCCGGGUGAGCGACAGGGCGUGGGGGCAGCGAGAUGUGGCGGCCAAUGUCACAGUGGUGGUGCGGGAGCUGAGCCAGGAUGCCCUCACCCACGCCACGCCCAUCACUCUCACGCCCACCACGCCCACGCGCCUCACAAAGGGAUGGACGCCCUCGGGAGGCGGCGGAGUGCUGGGCCGCCUACUGAAAGAAGUACUCAAAGUUGUAAGCGGCAAAGGAACAUUCAAUCAAAACAAAGUGGAGGUGGUAUCAGUCUAUGGCAGUCACUCCCCGUACCACCACUCCCACCAGCAUCCACUCUCCAGCCACCCCUUUUACCCCACCACCAACCAACAACAGCAGCAGCAAAGGCGACCUCACCACAGCUACCACCACUACUAUUACUACUACAACUACAAUCACAGCAGGAGCAACGGGAAGAAGGGUAGCGGUGACUUUGCAGGUUCCUCUGAUGAAGACGAGGGAGGCAGUGCAGAUGAGAUAGUGGUGACGGAGAGGGUAGAAGAGAAGGACAAGGAGGAUGGAGAUGGUGAGCUGCCUCCGCCUCCUCCUUCUGCGUGCGUGUGGCUCAGUGUUGUAGAUUCGAACGGCGUGUUUCUGAAUCCUACCAAACUACAGGGACUUCUUGGCCUUCACGUGAGACAGCUGGAAGAGGCCACGAGGCUCAGAGUUGAUCUAGAGUCUCCUGAAGAAGCUGGUCGACGCUUGAAAGAUGCAGAGACGCCGCCACCUCUCUCCAACCACCAGCCAGGGGAGCCGUCUUCAGCUGCCUCCCUCGCUUCUACUGCACUCCCUCUACAAGUCGUGGACACCAACAUUACUUCCCUGGUCACCCCGCGCCUCACCCGCGCCCUCUCCUGCCGGGCUCACGAGCCUGAGACCUGCACACCUUCCUCCUGCCUCAAUGGGGGGCGCUGCCUACCGCACUCCGCCGGCAACAGGUGCGUGUGUCCAGGCGGUGCUGAAGGAUGGCAAUGCAAGGUCCUGGCCCGCACCUUCUUUGGCUCAGGGUGGGCGUGGGUGCCUCCUAUCCCCCGCUGCCUGCCCACCACCAUCUCCCUCCGCAUCCUCACCCGCCACCCGCACGCCCUCCUCCUUUACGCCGGCCCCAUGGCGCCCACACAGCGGCCUGACGACACCGCGCCCACGCCCAUGCUCGCCCUGCAGCUGAGGCAUGGCCGCCCGCAGCUCCUGGUAGAGGGAGGACUGGAGCCGAUCAAAGUAGAGGUGAACGUGACGCUGAUAGAUGGAGAGUGGCACGACCUCCACCUCCACCUCGACGCCAGGGGAGUGGCGUUAAUGGUAGACCGCUGCGGGCGUGGGUGGGAGGAACACGCCGCCCACGCUCCUGCCCACUGCAUUGGCCGAGUGCCAUGGGUGAGUCCGUGGGAUCUGGAAGCGUGGCCUGGCUCGGGGCCAUUGCAAGUGGGCGGGUUGGCUCACUCCCCGCCCACUGCAGACCAGCACAGGUGGGGGGAGGCGCCCAUUCCUCGCCCAUUCCACGGCUGCCUCUCUCACCUCACGCUCAACGGCCAGCUGGUGGACCUGGGGCAGCCGGCACACAGCGGGGGCAGCGCUCCUGGAUGCCGCCCUCAGGAGGAAGCGUGCCCUGGCGGCGUGGGAAGCUGCGGAUACCGAGGAGCCUGCGUGGGCGGCCUCAACCAGCCGGAGUGUAUGUGUCAGCCUGGGUGGGCGGGGAUGGAAUGCUCCACGCCCACUCAGCCCGCGACGUUGGGAGAAGGUUCCUACAUGCGGGUGGCUCUAUCCUUCACGCCCCCCGCCCACCGCCCUCAGUCUGCAGGCGAGGAUACGUGUUCCCAGGACUGCCUCAGGGACUCUGGUGCACGUGGCGGCCCAGCACAACGCAGCGGCCUUCACCAUGCACCUUCGCUCCGGCAUCGUCUGCGCCUCCCUCACUAGCGCGGGUAUGGGCGUGCGUGAGGCCUGUGUCGAAGGGCGCAGCGUGGGCGACGGGGUGUGGCAUACAGUCUUUGGCGAACGACACGGGGAUAAUUUGUUAGUGGGCGUGGAUGACGGUGAUGGCUGGAGGCGAAACGA